GCCAGCCUGCCCGACGCGAUGCCCGAGGAAGACCCGCCGCCCUCCCAGCCGCCCUCGGCGCGGUCGCUGGCCGACCUGUGGCAGGGCGUCAUCGGCGCCGUCGGCCCCCCGCCGCUGAGCCUGGAGGGCGGCCCCGGGCUGGCCGCGGUCGGGACCCCCAGCGCGCCUCCCGGGCCCGCGGUGGCACCCGCACCGGCCCCCACUGGAGCGGGCGUUGAGGAGGCCUACAGCGUGCACGGCGACGUGGCGCGGAGGGGAGGCCCGUUCUGGUCCCUGAGGGCGGCGCACGGCGUGGCCGCUGCCGCUCGCCGCGAGGAGGCGGCCCCCGCGGGCGUCGUGGCGCAGCUGGAGUCCGCUGUCGGCAGGUGCCUCGACCUGAUCGCCGAUACCCUGGGCUCGAGCAGACCCAAGGACUCGGGCGUCGCCAACGGUGCCCAUUCCGACGGGGUGAUCUUGUCCUUUUGACCAGGUGGUUUCCAGAAAAUCUGAGGACAGCACAAACCCACCCCCAUCCACAGUCAAGGCCCCCACUCCCGACCUGGUGAUCCCGGGGGUCCUGACUGGGGAUUGGAGUGUUUUGUUAGUGUUUCUUUUGGGGGGGCCAGCAAACCCCCUGACUCCC